AUGUCCGAACCACAAACAGACGUUUCCCGUCCCUCAGCACUCCCAACCGCCAACCUACUCCAACGUCAACGAAACAUCGCUGCUCAGGCUUCCCUGGAUCAGAAUUCCGACGAAUACCUCAAUACUAUCGAAGAAGAAUGGAACAAGAAGAUCGACAACGAAGUGGAGACACUCGUGGACGGCAUGGUGGACUUGGUCAGCUUAGCAUCGAUUGGAGACAAAGACAAGUUCAAAGUCGCGCAAGAAUCGUUCCAGGCUGAGAGCCGUGCUGAAUCUAUGGUCAGAGCUGCCAAUUCACUACUUGCAGUGACCCAUUCGAUGAAGUUGUUACUCCUCGUCUCGGACGAAGCACAGAUAGCUCACCGUCGCGACGCCGAGCUCCGAGAUUUACAAGAAGAAGCGAAAGAAACAAAGGCGAACAUUGCGAAGCUCCUUGACGAGCUCUUCGGACGCUCCUAG